AUGGUUUUCGUCUUUCAGCAAUUCACGGGACAGAUAUUUGUUUCUCAAUACUCCCCUCGCUUCUACAAAGCGGUUGGGCUUUCGGCUCACGCUUUCGAGUACAACAUCAUAUCUGCUGUUGUAGCAUGGGUUGGAGUUCUCAUCGGAAUGCCUCUAAGCGAUCUAGCCGGACGCCGUGAUCUUCUCAUCUGGGGAGCCGUUUUGCAAGGAAUAUUUCUUUUCGCUAUGGCUGGAGUCGGUACAAAGAGUAACUAUACGACCCCUGACGCCAACGGCCUCGUUGCAUCGGUCAUGUUGUUCAAUUUUUUUUUCGCCAUGUGCGGGUUUCAAUUGAUCUACGAAUUCCCAUCAUUGAUUGAUGUCACUAACAAAGCGACUUAUUCAGGACUUGGGCUCCAAUUGCCUACGUCCGUGGUCGCGGCCUUCAUAGUUGCAUUUUGUGUACCUUAUCUACUCGAUGGCAUCGAGGCUAAUAUCGGCUGGGUCUUUGGCGCCCUCAGUUUUAUUGCUGCUAUUUAUUCUUAUUUUUGUGUUCCCGAAGUUAAGAAUCAGGCUCGAGGAACUAGACUAAUUAUUCGAGGUUUCUUCUCUAUCCACAGAAUCGGAAAAUUCGCAAGCACCCAAACCCAUGGAGCUGGUAGAGUAAUCGCGGAAAUUGAAAAUCGAGUUACGUUGCGCACGGGAGCUUAUCAUGGCAACAAUGGAGGCAGCGAGGCCAGCAGUAGCUCAGCGAGACAAGAAAUUGGUUUCAACGCUGCAAAUGGAAGCGAUAGUGAUGUGGAGGAUGUUAAGCAUUCAGCUGGAGUAUAG